UGUCAACCACAUGUUUGUUUGGGAUCACUCAUCGUGGACACGAGUCUGUGCCAGUUCACCCCGCCCAGCAAAGGCUCCGCGUGAUUAUGGGGUCAUCGUGUAUUUGUGUACAUUUUACGUGUGACUAGCGUUUCCACGCACACGCCACAUGCCAAACGAAUGCCGAGUUACGUAAAUAUUGUUAAUUAGGUAACGAAAUUCCUAUCUUUGAAUGUUGCACUUGAAUCAUCGUCACCAGGACUAGCUCAGGAAGAAUUUUAGGAUGAGAACGGUGAACGUGAACAUGGCUCUGCGUACGAGAGCCGGCAAGAGCGGCACAGUCAUUCUGCAAGUGCCUGGAAAGGGAGUGACCGAGACGAAGCAAGUGCUGUACGCCGGGAAAAAUGGCGUUCGGAACGGCGCGGUGAAUGGAGCGGUGUUGAAUGGGACGGCCAACGGCCACUGCACGCCCGUUUGUAAUGGCCAUGCUGUUGAACAACUGGAUGAAAUCAAACAUGAAAAGGAAACCAAGCCAUUGUCUGAGCAGGGCCCCCAUGAGAAAGUACCCAUCUUGAAGGUCAUCAUCACCAUAUUCAACUAUUUAAUCCUGACCGUCUGCGGAUACGUCAAGGAAUACCUGUGGAAGUUUCAUAUCCUCAAGUCACCCGGGGCUUGUGAGUCUCGCAAAUUGAAGGACUUUGUUCCACUCUUUCAAGACUUCGAUAGCUUUUACAUUCGGAAUAUAUAUCGGAAACUGAAAGACCUAUUUGAACAGCCCAUCUGCGGUGUUCCGGGGGCACAAAUGGACGUCAUGGAAAGGCUGUCACCGGACUGGAACUGGACUUACAUCCUGACAGGGCGAGUUUUAAAAACGAUCAACUUGGGUUCCUACAACUAUCUAGGAUUUGCCGAGACGUCGGGUCCUCGUCAUGAUAUGGUGGAAAAAGUCACGACGUUCUAUGGCAACGGUGUGUGCAGCUCUAGGCAAGAAUUAGGCAAUACAGAUAAAAGUGAAGAGUUAGAGAGGCUAACGGCUCGCUUUCUGGGCACGGAGGACGCUAUGACUUUCAGCAUGGGCUUCGCCACCAAUGCCUUGAAUAUUCCCGCCUUGGUUACUGAGGGUUGUCUGGUCAUAAGCGACAAGCUGAACCACUCUUCGUUGGUACUGGGUAUCCGGCUGUCUGGGGCGUCAGUCAAGGUCUUUGAACACAACGACACAGUUGAUCUAGAGAGGGUAUUAAGAGAUGCGAUUUCAUCGGGUCAACCAAGAACGCACAAGCCCUGGAAGAAGAUUCUAAUCGUUGUGGAAGGAAUCUACAGUAUGGAAGGGUCCAUCGUCAGACUGCCUGAAAUGAUAGCCCUCAAGAAGAAAUACAAGUUCUACCUGUAUCUUGACGAGGCCCACAGCAUAGGGGCCCUUGGCCCAAGGGGUAGGGGAGUCUUGGAUUUCUACGGCAUCGACCCCAAGGAAGUAGACAUCCUCAUGGGAACAUUCACCAAGAGCUUCGGUGCCUGUGGUGGAUACAUUGGCGGUAGCCGGGCCCUGGUUGAUCACAUCCGAAGGCAUUCCCAUAGUGUAGCCUACGGUACCUCCUGCCCUGCACCCAUCGUCCAACAGGUGAUCUCUACCAUGACUGCCAUCAUGGGCGAAGAUGGGACAAACACAGGGCAAAAUCGCAUUAAACAGCUUGCGUGGAACACCAGGUACAUGCGCCAACGACUCAGGGAAAUGAGGUUUACCGUUAUCGGCCACGAUCAGUCGCCGGUCAUACCAGUCUUGAUGUACAUGCCGACAAGCGUCGGUGCUUUUUCUCGGCUGUGUCGAGAGAGGGGAUUGAGCACGGUGUCCGUUGGAUUCCCAGCCACAAAUCUGUUGGAGGCCAGAAUCAGGAUCUGUCUUUCAGCUGCGCACACCAAGGAAAUGCUGGACAAGGCAUUGGAGAUAAUGAGCGAAGUGGGAGAUUUGGUCAGGGCCAAGGAGGCAGGGAUGCCAUGCUCCCCGCCACUGACGGAAGAAGAGCUGCAAGAGCUCGUCUGGUGUUGAGACAAACUGUGGGUCGACCUCACGUCCUGGUGCUGUACAUCCUCCUGUUUCUUAACGACUCCAGAUAGGUGGAACUUAACUUAGACUGUAGAUUGUAUCCGUACAUUGGAUAGACACUUUGCUGUCGGCGGCCAUCUUUGGGGUUUUGUGUUAUCUUAAUUCCGUAACAAUGAAUGCACAAGAGUUGCUGUUCAUGCGUAUCCCUGUGGAACAAACGCACGCACCUCUGAGAUGGCUGAAUUGCACGAAAGCAGCUAUCUGUGGAACCAUGUUUUUUUCAAGUGCAAACCUUUGGACAAAAUCGUCUUUAGAUAAUAUCUUGGAUAUUUAUUUUUCUUUUUUUCUUUUUUUUUCAAACAAAGUUUCAAUUUGAAAGCUUCCUAAGGGCAUUUGUUGUCAAGAUGUCGGAAAGAAAUGUGCACAGAACAGAGCUGUUUUUAGAACAAACAAAUUCUUGGAACAGACAAAAAGGUAGAUGAGGUUGAAUUCGCACAUCAGAAAUAUUCAAAAUUUGAGUUAGCGUUUCUGCUGAAGGAGUUAACAGAUGCGAAACAUUACGAAUUGAUUCAUUAAUUAGCCUCUGCAAUGAUGACGUUUCACACAUUGUUUACACAUGUGUUUUUCUAUGGGAGCCUGAUGGGGACGAUGGUUUGUAGCCCCGUAGAAAAACGCACAAGUAAACAAAGUGUGACGUCAUCAGUACAGAGGCUUAUUCUGCUGAAGUUGUAUACAGGUUUUAACCUCUGACCUGUCUCUCUGGGCAUUUGGAUUUUAUAGGCAUUGGAAUGUCGGUUAAUAUUUCCAUGGAGAUCUUUUUUCUUCUUCAGAUAAGUUCCUUGAGCGACUUGUAAUUUUUUGUAAAUUUCUUGAACAAUCUUAAACAAAUUUCUGUUAUUUUUUAGCCAUGAAUUGAUCAGUCUCUUCCCUGCUAGAAUUUCUCCAUGGUGUAAACAGUUAAAUGGAUGAUUCUAUUUUUGUGUAUGAGCAUUCAUUGCAUUUUGAUAAACUUAUUUUUCUGUGUAUUUUUUUUUGGGGGGGGAUGUCUUAACAUUGUGAGUGCCUUUCAUUUAAACACCUCUUGCACUAAUGUGCCUUGAUAAUGGCAUUUACAGCACAGCUGAAUUUACAA